ACAAGGUGUGGCAUCACUUGAGCCUCGACGAUAUGUUAACCUUUUUUACUGCACAUAUUGUAAAAUACUUCUCUAGCACGAUAAAAUAAGGUACUAUUUAAAACGAUCGUUGGGCUCUUGGACAGAUUAAUGUGACACUUGUGUUCCCCAUCUGCAUCUCUGGCAUCGAUUCCCCGGCCUGUUGCUGGACAGGCUGUGCAUGACAGGCUGCUGCUGCUGCCCGCCUCUUCGUCUCCGUCGCCCUCAAACCACCGUUCAUCUUCCAGAAGAGCUGGUUGAACGGCUAACGUUUCACCCGCGGAUUCUUUUUGGCGAACAAAGCAGGGAUUCAAUCCAACUAUGUCUGAGGAGGUUGAAGGAACGGGCAUUUCGGAGGAACAGCAGGAAAUGGAGGACAAAGUAAUUAGUCCAGAAAAAGCAGAGGAGGCCAAACUGAAGGCCAGGUAUCCUAACCUGGGAGCCAAGCCUGGAGGCUCGGACUUACUCAGGAAAAGACUUCAGAAGGGGCCAAAGUAUUUUGACUCUGGUGACUACAACAUGGCCAAGGCCAAAAUGAAGAAUAAACAGUUGCCAUCAGCCCCAACAGAGAAGACUGAGAUCACAGGGGGCCACAUCCCAACACCUCAGGACCUGCCGCAAAGAAAGACGUCAAUUGUGGCUAGCAAACUGGCUGGUUGAUGGUUUCAAGUUUACUUUUUUGUUCCCAUUCCGACACCCACUUUAUAUCUACCUGCUGUUUACGUUUUUUGUUUAUUUUUCACCUUUCUAUGUAUUCUCCAAGAACAAGUAAUGUACCAAGCCAAAUUCUUGAGAAAAUGUGACAACUGUCAGGCGCUGAAUUCUCAGUGGGUUAAAUCAAACAAAGUUGCUGAACAUGUUUCUCAAGAUCUUAAAAAAAAAAAAAAAACUAAAUGGUGAUUGAUUUAUAAAAAACAAUAGACGUUAAUGGUAUCUCACGUAACAUUAUCACUUUUAAGAAUAUAUGCCUCCAUACAAAUUGCUUAUCUAACAGAAGUUGAAGAGCAUGCGCAGAGGGUUCUGCCAUAUUACUGAGGCAAAAAUACUCAAGUUAUGACCACAGACAGUUUGCAUUGAUGUAUCAAGUAGAAGUGUGAUUUACAGAUAUGCCUUUCAGUUUGAAAUAGUAUGUAGCUGCUCAUAUGGAGGCAUAUCUGUUUUAAAUGAUGAAACGUGAUGUAAUCUUGCUUUUUUUUUGUUUUCUAAUCCUUUAUUGUUUUUGUCCUCUCCUCUCUCCAUGAAGCUGUUUGAUUCUGUGCUUUCAAAGUACCAACAAUUAGACCACACACACUAUAUAGCCAGCUGUAUUUUAAUUAAUUUUAGUGACAUUUGUUUGCAAGGACUUGCUGCUGGUGUCCAUCUCAUCCUAACCUCUAAAAUGGCCUUAAAAGUAAUGAACCGUUGUUCCUCUUGAGCAAUAUUUGCUCCCUCAGUGAGAAUCUUAGUUAUGAAUUUUGCCUGAAAUGUCUGUCACUGUCUGACUGGAAUCACUUAGGAUUUUAUGGAAAGAAACUCCCAUGACAUGUCUGGAGUGUGCAUGUGCAUUUACUGUGCAGUCAUACUGUGCCAUUUGUUUUGUAAAUAAAAUAGUUUUGCAUAAUA